CAGACUUUGAAAUUCCAAAGAAUUUUCUCGUUCAAUUCGCUUUCGGCUCUUCAAGCUGCAAGCCAUCAUUUCUGUUCAUAUCUCGUUUUUUUUUUGUUUGUUAUUUCACGUGAAUUAAAGUAUCAUAAGUAAAUCGUUAUAGUUUGUGUGUUGUAUGUGCGUAGGCACCUGUUUGCACCCCCCCAGCGGAGUGAAAUACGCGUAUAUGGCCGUGGGGCGCACCAUGAGAAUGCUCGACCUAACCUCUCGCACAAGAACCGUAUGCAACGGGAACGGUAACUGUAACGGGAGCACCAGCACCAGCACCGCAACUACAACUACAACAGCUUCCAAUUGCAAAAAUGUGCGAAGGAAAUGUCAGCCGCAGUUGUCCUGCCGUCCAAUUUGGUGGUGCCGUCUGGCAAUGUUGCUGCUCAUUUUCAGUGCGCUUGCUGCCGCCGCGCCGGGACCAGCGAACACGCGGUGCGAUGAAGAACAAUUCCAGUGCAGGGACGGUAGCUGCAUCUUACAGGCGAAGAUGUGUGACGGACGAAGCGACUGCACCGAUGCCACAGAUGAAUUGGAUUGCGACUACAAGCUGUGCCGGGAACCGCAUUGGUUCCCGUGCGCCCAGCCACAUGGUGCCUGCCUGGCAGCAGAACUAAAAUGCAACGGCAUCGACAACUGCCCCGGCGGUGAGGAUGAGCUCAAUUGUCCAGUGUCCACGCGCUUCGGCAGCAUCUACCGCAAGCAGCUGCCUGCGCGUAAUUGCAGCUCCAGCCAGUACAUGUGCCAGCGGGAUCGCAGCUGUAUACCCAUCGAGUUCCAGUGCGACGGCAAGUCAGACUGUGCGGACAGCUCGGACGAGCUGGCCGGCUGCAGCUCACAAUCGGUGGCCAGUUGCAGGGGUCAUCUCUGUCCCAAUGGUCGCUGCCUGCAGCGUAAGCAGUGGCUCUGCGACGGCGUCGAUGACUGUGGCGAUGGCAGCGAUGAGCAUGGUUGCGUGGAUCUCUGCCAGCCGCAGAUGGGAAAGUUCAUGUGCCGCAACAGGGAGCAUUGCCUGCCGCUGGCCAAAGUGUGUGACGGCCACAGCGACUGUUCGGACGACAGCGAUGAGUUCGAAGCGUGUCACAGCAAGCCGGAUUGCAGCACCAAGACGUGCCCGCCCGGCGCCACCUGCCACAUGAUGCCCGUCGACGGUGCGCAGUGCUUUUGUCCGGCGGGCUUUCGGCUGGCCAAGCUCCGGAACAAGUGCGAGGACAUUGACGAGUGCCAGGAGAACGAGCCGGAGCUGUGCAGCCAGAGCUGUGAGAACACCUCCGGUGGCUAUCGUUGCCUCUGCGAUCCUGGCUACCAGCUGGCCCGCGACAAUCGCACUUGUCGCGCAACGGACACGAAUGGCAGCGAAUCAGCCCAUCCCCUGCUGCUGUACACCACCCAGAUGAACGUCAUGGGCAUGCAGCUGGGCAGCGGAAGGGCGGGUAGCCGCUGGAACAGGCCGCACGUCUACCAGGUGGCCGGGAAUCUGAGCAAAGUGAUUGGCGUGGCGUACGACGGCAGCCACAUCUACUGGACGAACAUUCAGAACGAGGCCGAGAGCAUUGUCAAGGCCAAUUCGGAUGGCAGCCAUGCCGAGAUUCUGCUCACCUCUGGCCUCGACGCACCCGAGGAUCUGGCCGUGGACUGGCUCACGCAGAACAUUUACUUUUCGGAUAAUGUGAUGCGACACAUUGCCGUCUGCUCGCACGAUGCCCACAACUGUGUGGUGCUCGUCUCGGAGGAUGUGCACCAGCCCCGUGGCCUGGCCCUGUGGCCGCAGCGCGGCCAAAUGUUCUGGACCGAUUGGGGCAUAAAGCCGAUGAUUGUGCGCGCCUCCAUGGACGGGGCGCGCUCCACGCCGAUUGUCAGCGACAACAUACACUGGCCGAACGGCAUCGCCUUGGAUAUGCACCAGGAGAGGAUCUACUGGGUGGACGCGAAGCUGGGCAGUGUCCAGACGGUCCGACCCGAUGGCACCGGCCGUCGCACCGUGCUCGAUGGCAUGCUGAAGCAUCCGUACGGCCUGGCCGUGUACGAGGAUCAGCUGUACUGGUCGGACUGGGGCACCAAGAGCAUCCAUGCCUGUCACAAGCACUCCGGCAAGCAGCACCGUGUCCUGGCCAAAGAUCGCACCAUCUAUGCGGUGCACAUCUAUCAUCCGGCCAAGCAGCCGCAGACGCCCAAUGCCUGUGCCACCGCCCGAUGCUCGCACCUGUGCCUGCUGGCCGAGCCGGCGGCGGGCGGCCACAGCUGUGCCUGUCCGGAUGGCAUGCUACUGGCGCCCGAUCAGCAGCGCUGCAUGCAGACGGUGAAGCGCCAGCGACUGUUUGUGGGCGUGGGCCAGUACCUGCUGGAGAUCGAGCACACGGCCUUUGGCCGGCAUGUGGUGAGUGCCAGCCACGCCCUGGACUGUGUCAUCAGCGAGAUGGUGUACAACAGCGUCAAUGGCACCCUGAUCAUAGCCGACAAUGAGCGGCACAUCAUUGUGGAGUAUCAACCGGGACAGGGCCAGGGCCAGGGCCACAGCCAACCACUGAGGACUUUAAUCCAUUCGAAUCUGGGCAAUGUGAGUGCCUUGGCCUUCGAUCAUCUCAGCCAGAAUCUGUACUGGUCGGAUGCCGAGCGACGUGUCGUGGAGCUGUACUCCUUUACCACGCGACACCGGGCCCUCAUCCGUUUCUUUGCCGGCCAAGAGUCGCCCAUUGGCCUGAGUGUGAUGCCCGCGGAGGGAUAUCUGUAUGUGGCGCUCAAGGGGCGCAGGCAGACCAUCAUCGAUAGGCUGCCGCUGAGCGGCAUGGGCACACCGACGCAUGUCUUCGAGGAUGAGCUGGGCGAUGACGACAUUAAGAUGGCCGCCGACUAUGAGCAGCAUACGCUGUACUGGUCGGACAGCGAUAUGGGAACGAUCAGGUACACGGACUACCACCAGACGCAGGCGAUGAUGUUCCGCGGCAAGCUGCGGCGCCCCUACAGCCUGGCCCUGGUGCAUCAGGAUCUGUUCUGGAGUGAACUGGGCUCCGCCUCCAUUUACUGGGCCCACAAGAGCAACAUGGGGCCACGCAAGCGGAUCGAUGUGGUGCCAACAGGUGGCAGCGACGGCGACGGCGACACCCACGGCCAGUAUCCCCUGUCCAUGGGGGUGCCACCCUGGCGUCUCGCCCUGGCGGCCAGCGUGAGCAUCGGGGAGGAGCAGCUGCAGCAGCAGCGCCAGCAUCCCUGUCAGCAUCAGAACGGCGGCUGUUCGCACAUUUGUGUGGGCGUGGGACAACUGGCAGCCACCUGCCUCUGUCCCGUGGGCUUUGUGUAUCGCGAUGCCAGCAAUCGCUCCUGCCUGGAGGCGCUCGACUGUGAGUUCCGUUGCCGCAGCAGCGGCGAGUGCCUGACCCUGGCCCAUCGCUGCAAUGGCCGACAGGAUUGUGUGGACCGUUCCGAUGAGCAGGACUGCGACGAGGGGCACAAGCCCAGGCCGAAGGUCAUGUGCGGUGCCCGCCAGUUUGCCUGCCACAAUGCCGAAGACUGUGUGGACAAGGACAGGCGUUGCGAUGGCCACAAGGAUUGCCCCGACAAUUCCGAUGAGCUGCAUUGUUCGCAGUUUGAUAAAACCAAAAGCUGCCACGCCCAUCAGAUGGCCUGCGACAAUGGCAAGUGUGUGGACCAGAGCCUCAUGUGCGAUGGCAAAAACGAUUGCGGCGACAACACGGACGAGGCUGCGGCCAAAUGCGACUCACCGGCCAGCUGUGACGCGGGCAUGUUCCAGUGCAGCAACGGCGCCUGCAUAGCCGGCAGCUGGGAAUGCGAUGGCCGGAUCGAUUGCAGCGAUGCCUCCGAUGAGCAUGACAAGUGCGGACAGCGUCAGUGUCCGGCGGAUAUGCACCGCUGCCUGUUGGGCCAGUGCCUGGACAGGCGACUCGUCUGCGAUGGCCACAACGACUGCGGGGAUCUCUCGGACGAGCUGAACUGCGGCGAGCAUGGCCAGUCGCAGGCGAACAUCUCCUGUGGCGCCCAGCUCUAUCAGUGUGCCAGCAAUCUGAAGCUUUGCCUGGAUCCCGCAGUGCGCUGCAACGGCACCGCCGAAUGCCCGCGCGGCGAGGAUGAGGCCGACUGUGGGGACAUGUGCAGCAUCAAUGAGUUCCAGUGCCGCAGCGGCAAGCAGUGCAUACGCAAGGAGUUCCGCUGCGAUCGGGCCAAGGACUGUCUCGAUGGCAGCGACGAGGAGGCCUGCGACAAGAUCCACAAUCAGACACUGAGCCAACCCUGGACGACGGCGCGGCGCGCCUGCCGGCCCCAUCUGUUCGACUGCCAGGAUGGUGAGUGCGUGGACAUGUCGCGGGUGUGCAACAGCUUCCCCGACUGCCAGAAUGGCAAUGACGAGGGGCCGCAGUGUGCGACAGCCUGCCGGGCCAGCACCGCCUCUGGCGGCGGGCGUCCGGUGUGCCAGCACAAGUGCCGGGCCACGCCAGCGGGUGCCGUGUGCUCCUGCUUCGAUGGCUAUCGCCUGGACACGGAUCAGCGCAGCUGUGUGGAUGUGAACGAGUGCCUGGACGGCCAGCCAUGCGCCCAGAUAUGUGAGAACACCCUCGGUGGGUAUCAGUGCCAGUGCCAUGCGGACUUUAUGCUGCGCCAGGAUCGGGUCAGCUGCAAGAGCCUCCAGGCGGGCGCCACGCUGCUCUUCAGCAGCUACAACGAGGUGCGCAAUCUCAGCGAGCAGCCGAUGAUGCUGCAGCUGGCCUGGUCGGCCAAUGACUCGCGCAUCGAUGGCUUCGAUGUGGACAUGGAACGACAGAUGGGCUACUUCUCCAGCGAGGAGCAGGGUGUCGUCUAUCAAGUGGAUCUGCGUCGCCGUCUCGUUGUGCGUGCCCUGGCGGUGCCAUCGCCCACCAAGCUGGCCGUCGACUGGGCCACCGGCAACGUGUAUGUCCUGGCCGGUGGCAGUGCCUCGCAGGAGAUCUACGCCUGCAGCUUCCCCGCCCGCAUGUGCGGCCGCAUUCUCCAGGUGAAGACGCACAUGCACCUGCGGCACUUGGCCAUCGAUGGCUACCAUGGGCGACUGUUCUACAUUGCCAUGCGACUGGAGAGCUUUGGCCAUGCCAGCGCCGAGCUGCAUGUGGCCCGUCUGGACGGCAGCCACAAGGAGCUGAUGCUGCACAAAAAGGACAGCUAUAUGACGGCCCUGGCCCUCGAUCCGCAUCAGCAGCAGCUCUACUACCUGGACAUGCACAGCCGCACCCUCGAGCGGAUCAGCUAUAGGUCACGGUCCGGCACGGGGCCGCAUCGCAGGCCGGAGCUAAUGCUGCAGAAGUCCCAUGCCCUGAAGCAGCCCUCGGGGCUGAGCAUCUACGAGAAUCACGCGUACAUUGUCAAUCUGGGCUCCAAGGAGGCGGUGCGGUGUCGCCUAUACGGCGAGCGGAUCUGCAAGUCGAUCAAUCUGAAUGUGCUGAAUGCCCAGGACAUAGUGGUGGCCGGCAGAUCGAGGCAGCCGAUGCCAGCGACCAAUCCGUGCCACCACUCGCACUGCCACGGCAUGUGCAUCCUGGCCGACUACGGAUACGAGUGCAUGUGCGGCAGCCAGGUGGUGGCCGAGGGCGAACAGUGUCCCCAUGGCACCUUCAACGAGCUGGAAGUGGGCGCCAGCAGGCAGGAUAGACCCCAGUCCAGUGGCUCCUCAAUACACAAGUGGCUGCUGGCCCUACUGGUGCUGGUGGUGGGCUCGCUGGCAGCCGGACUUGGGUACAUGUACUAUCAGUGGCGGCAGCGCGGCCACAGGGAUCUCAACAUUAACCUCCAUUUCCAGAAUCCGCUGUCGACGAUCGACGGCAAAGCGUUCAUCGAUCAUGAAAGGACUGAGGCCAGCGUCGGCAUCAACGGUAUGGAGGGGAUGGAGGGGAUGGCGUCAAGCCACAGCAGCAAUGAGACGGGCACCACCAGCGCCUCGUCCUCCUUUGGCAUGCCGAAUGUUUUCCAGAGAUUGCUACGACCAAAACAGACGUCCAGCGGCUCACAGAUGGCUACCGAGAUGCUACUCGAAAACUCCAGAGCAAGCGAACUAUACACGAUGGACAUUGGACGGAAAGCAGCAGGAGCAGGAGGAGGCGGCAGGCAGGUGCCGGACAUCCUGGUGGCAGACAUUGACGAUGAUACCCCCACAGGCGGACAAUUCGGGGGAGACUACGCAGGCGAUGAUGCGAAUGCACGACUUGUGCCGUAAAUAGUCUAUAGAUAGCUCCUCCACCCAGCUCCAGAGUAUUUCCUACACGUUCCGUAUUUAUUCAUUAUAGUUUAUUUUAAUGUUAAGCUCAAUGUUAAUGUUUUGCUGUGUGCCUCCAUUUCAAUGUUAAAUGUAAUAAUAAGUAUUUAUCAAGUAUCUGCUCAUAGCUAUGUACAUUCCCAGUGAAUAAAACCACACAGAAGAAGGAGUAUAGUAUGCCACUCGUUAUA